CAACACAGCUUUCUCAACCUCCACCUAUGUCUUCCGACCCCAAUACUGCCGCCGCUCAUUCAUUCAACAAGAUUCUCAGCAGGCCAAAAUACCCUUCGAAAUCUCGGAGCUCUGGUGGAGAUGUAGAAGACGACUCAAAUCUAAAAAAAUUGCGGCGGUUGAUACUCGUUGAAGGCAUUCCCGCAACCGUGGAUCCUACUUUACGACCGAGAAUAUGGAAGAUAUUGUUGCGUAUGACCGACAUAUCCGCCGACAAUUACCUGCAAUACGUAGCCCGAGGUCCAUGUGAAGUGAGGGAGAAGAUCAGAAACGAUACGUUUCGAACGCUUGCGACGGACCGUGGAUUCAAGGAGCGAGUUCAGGAGGAUAUGUUGGUUCGUUUAUUAGAUGCGUUUGUCUGGCGGAAUCAUGAUAGACAGGAAGCAAAUCCGUUAGGAUUCACAUACGUCCAAGGAAUGAACGUUCUUGCUGCCCCGUUCCUUUACACGAUGCCUUCGGAAUUAGAAGCGUUUUAUUGCUUUGCGAAAUUUAUUGAAGAAUCGUGUCCCCUGUACGUGCAGCCGACCUUGGACGGUGUUCACAGAGGCCUUCGACUCCUAGACAAGUGUUUGAAAAUUGUCGACCCAGAAUUAUAUGGCCACCUGAGGUCAAAGAAUCUCUCUGCCGAGAUAUAUGCAUUUCCAUCAAUUCUUACGCUCUGUGCAUGUACACCACCGUUGGAUCAAGUCCUUCGAUUAUGGGACUUUCUGCUCGCAUUUGGUGUCCACCUUAAUGUUCUUUGUGUCAUCGCACAGCUACUCCUCAUGCGCGACGAAGUGAUGGCUUCAUCAAGGUGUGUGAUUUGGUUUUGAUGAACUAGUCUCCGUCCUCAGGAUCUUAUCUGGCGCAGUCCAAUGCGUCUCCUACGAACCUUCCCUCCAUUAGAAGCCUUGCCUGUCAUAGGAAUAGCUGUCACUUUGGUCAGGGACCUGCCCGCUGAUCUCUAUGAUGAACUUGUCAAACAUCCCUUUGAAAUACAACAACACUAGUGCAUAGCAACAUGCCCAUAUCCUAUUUGCAUAUCCUAUUUGUAGCGUCCAUGAUACCCGCGCCUUUAUUCUUAUGUAUCGUAUCCAAGUCUAUGCCGGUCAACAUUAGUCUGUUCCGAUUCAAUGCCCUUUACCCGUACGUCGAAAUAUUAUUCUCAAUAGGCCUGGAAGAAAAA